AUGGCGUACAGCUCUCUUCAAUCUCUUCAGACAACAGCAAAAGUGGCUUCCAUACAAUCCAACGCCGACGAGGGCGAGCCAGAGCAUCUGCCUUACCCGGCUACCAAACUCAUCAUCGGCCAGUAUUGGCAUUGUUCGCGGAAUCCUCCCUUCUGGGGCUGGCUCAUUGUGGGAACAUUCUACGACCAGCACAACAACCCCAUCUGGAGCACAGAGAUCUUUGCUUUCCAGCGUGACAUUAGACGCGAGUCGACAGAAUCACAGCCUGUCCCCUCGUCUGACUUUGGUCCAUCUUCUGAAGAACAUUUUAUUGAAACAUUCUCCAACAGCCUCAACCUCGCUGCGAGCACCAGUAACCCAACCUCGAGAAACACAGUUUACAACAACCCCUACCAUCAUCAUCCUUGGGCUUCGCCGUUUGCAACCCCUCCCCCCGGCCACUGGACAACAGAAUACGAUCAUCGAAUUGGUAACUGGGUCAACAUCUGGCAGCCAAGCCGACCUCUCUUUUAG